GCGGGGUUUUCUCUAGAGUCUACCGCCUUCCCUGCUAGACUUCCCAGGAAACCUCUGCUUUCACAUUUCCAUCUUUUUCCUCCUGGGGAGCCUACAGCCUAGGUGGGGAGAUGGGUAAGUCUUCUGGCUGCUGUACAAGGGGGCCAUCUGUGUUUGAUCAGUCCAGGCAGAAAGGAGGGGCUGGAGUUGUAGAGAGACUGAAAGCAUUCCAGAGUAGUGAGAGAGACCCAGAGAUCAGAAAGAGAGAAGGCACCGCCCCCACCCCGCCUCCCAGGCUAGCCCGCCAGCUUGAGGGGAAGAGGCCGACCGCACGCUGUCUUUACUGUGGCCCCACUCUCCAGGCUGCCAUGGGGCUCAGCUCUCCUCUCCUCGUCCUGUUCCUUUUGUCCUGGUCCGGACCCCUUCAGGGACAGCAGCACCACCUUGUGGAGUACAUGGAACGUCGACUAGCUUCCUUGGAGGAACGGCUGGCCCAGUGCCAGGACCAGAGCAGUCGCCAUGCUGCUGAGUUGCGGGACUUCAAGAACAAGAUGCUGCCGCUGCUGGAGGUGGCAGAGAAGGAGCGUGAGGCGCUCAGAACCGAGGCUGACACCAUUUCAGGGAGAGUGGACCGUCUGGAACGGGAGGUAGACUAUCUAGAGACGCAGAGCCCAGCUCUACCCUGUGCAGAGCUUGAUGAGAAGGUGACUGGAGGCCCUGGGACCAAAGGGAAGGGCAGAAGAAAUGAAAAGUAUGAUAUGAUGACAGACUGUAGCUACACAAUCUCUCAGGUGAGAUCCAUGAAGAUCCUGAAGCGGUUUGGUGGCCCAGCUGGACUAUGGACCAAGGAUCCACUGGGGCCCGCAGAGAAGAUCUAUGUCUUAGAUGGGACCCAAAAUGACACAGCCUUUGUCUUCCCAAGGCUACGUGACUUCACCCUUGCCAUGGCUGCCCGCAAAGCUUCCCGAGUCCGUGUGCCCUUCCCCUGGGUAGGCACGGGGCAGCUGGUAUACGGUGGCUUUCUUUAUUAUGCCCGGAGGCCUCCUGGAGGACCUGGAGGGGGUAGUGAGUUGGAGAACACUUUGCAGCUCAUCAAAUUCCACCUGGCAAACCGGACGGUGGUGGACAGCUCCGUAUUUCCUGCAGAGAGCUUGAUUCCCCCCUACGGGCUGACCUCAGACACGUACAUCGACCUGGCCGCUGAUGAGGAGGGUCUUUGGGCUGUCUAUGCCACCCGGGAGGAUGACAGGCACUUGUGCCUGGCCAAGUUAGAUCCACAGACACUGGACACAGAGCAACAGUGGGACACACCGUGUCCCAGAGAGAAUGCUGAGGCUGCCUUCGUCAUCUGCGGGACCCUAUAUGUCGUCUAUAACACCCGUCCUGCCAGCCGGGCCCGGAUCCAGUGUUCCUUUGAUGUCAGUGGUACCCUCACCCCUGAACGAGCAGCACUCUCUUACUUUCCCCGUCGAUAUGGUGCCCAUGCCAGCCUCCGCUAUAAUCCCCGUGAGCGCCAGCUCUAUGCCUGGGAUGAUGGCUAUCAGAUUGUGUAUAAGCUGGAGAUGAGGAAGAAAGAGGAAGAAGUUUGAGAAGCUAGACUUGUUUUUUUAUUUUAAAUCUUUUUAUCUUUAUACCUUUAUAUUCCUAAUACAAUUCCUGCUCAUUUUUCAAAUUUUCUUAUAGCCUUUUGGUUCUCAUAGCCCCUUGGUUUCAUAUGGAACUCCAGAUCCUGGGUAACCCUUGUAGAGCCGAAACAGUGAAAACUAAAUGUUCACUUCUGCUCUCCUGCCCAUGUCCACAAAUAUCAGGUCCCAGAUAACCCAGGCCCAUGGCUGUGACCCUCCCUUGGAUGGGGGCUCCCCAGGAAUAGUAUGGCUCAGGGGAGAGAGGAGCAGAAGCAGA